GAGACGGCCAGCAAUGGAUUUGUUAACCAUAUUUGUGCUGCUGUUCUGCGGAUGUUCUUUAAAUAACAAAGUCUUCACUGUUUCUCACCUCGUCAGGCAGACUGCCACUAGCUACCCGUGGGACCUCGAGGGCACCUGCAGUAUUGCCAAGAUACCCAUGAAAGUUGCCAAUCGCUACACCUGCCUGACGCCCUGUGUUGGAAUGCUGGGGUGUCAAAUGUACUGUGUUACUUACGAGAUGUGCCACUACUACCGGGCGUGGGUCACACCUCACUACGCAGGGACAGGAGGCGCCGCAGCUUACUCUGAGUGCUUCACCUUCCGCCACGCAGCCAGGGACAUCACUGGCACCAUCACGUCAAUCCAAACAACAGCUGAUGUUUAUGAUGUUUAUGAACCUGAAUUGGCUAUUAACGGGUACUUCUGUGACCACUUCCUGGCCUGCUUCCUCGGUGACUAUACAUCAAAGAACAAGGACCUUAUUAUUGACCUUGGUGUGGCUAGAAAUGUGUCAGCUGUUGAGGUCAUUGUGGCUAGUGCUGACAUGUGGUCCUCCCCAAAUACAGGAAGUUUAAGAGUUCGGUUAGGAAAUGAUUUAAAUUACAAGAAUAAUCCUCAGUUUGCUUAUUUCCCAGGAUAUCUGCCGCGGUAUACUGAGGUCAGGUUGUCCACACCGUCACCCCCCAUGCUUGGAAGGUAUCUGGUUCUCACUGCUGAAAAUUCUAAUGCAUACUACGGUGUUUGUGAUCUUAGAAUCCUGGGUUAGUUUGUGGUGGUGCAGGUGGUGGUGGUGGUG